AUGCUAAAAAUUCUUCUCCCUUCAAUCCUCCUCCUACCAUCCACAUGGCUUAUACCCAAAAAACACCUUUGAAGCACAACCCUGUCCUAUAGCCUAAUAAUUGCAGGCACCAGCCUAGCUUGAUUAGCAAUCCCUUCCGAAAACGGCUGAUCUUUCCUAAACUGCUUCAUAGCCUCCGACCCUAUUUCCACACCCCUUCUUGUCCUCACCUGCUGGCUCCUCCCCCUCAUAAUUCUCGCUAGUCAAAAUCACCUUAUGCUCGAGCCAACAAAUCGCCAACGAACCUUUAUUUCCCUACUAAUUUCCCUUCAAAUCUUCUUAAUCCUCGCUUUUAGUGCCACCGAACUAAUUUUAUUUUACAUCAUAUUUGAAGCCACCCUUAUCCCUACCCUACUCAUCAUCACCCGAUGAGGAAACCAAACAGAACGGUUAAACGCAGGCACCUAUUUUCUUUUUUAUACCUUAGCAGGCUCCCUACCCCUUCUUAUUGCCCUUCUUAUAAUACAAAAUUCAACCGGUACCCUCUCUUUUCUAACUCUUCCGUACCUCUCUUUAAUUCCCGCCCAUGACUGAGCCCACAAAUUCUGAUGAACAGCCUGUCUUCUGGCAUUUUUAGUCAAAAUGCCCCUUUAUGGAGCUCACUUGUGACUCCCCAAAGCCCACGUUGAGGCCCCCAUUGCCGGCUCCAUAGUCCUCGCCGCAGUUCUACUAAAACUAGGAGGCUACGGAAUAAUUCGCAUCCUUAUCAUCUUCGCCCCAUCAACCAAAGAAUUAAGCUACCCCUUUAUUAUCUUAGCGCUUUGGGGGGUGGUAAUAACAGGAUCCAUCUGCUUACGCCAAACAGACCUAAAAGCCCUCAUCGCCUACUCCUCAGUUAGCCACAUGGGCUUAGUAGCAGCUGCCAUUUUAAUUCAAACCCCCUGGGCUUUCACAGGGGCCUUAGUUUUAAUAAUUGCCCACGGCCUUACAUCUUCAGCACUAUUCUGUCUUGCUAACACUAACUACGAACGUUCCCAUAGCCGAACAAUACUUUUAGUACGCGGAUUGCAGACGCUUCUCCCUCUAACAGCCCUCUGAUGAUUUACCGCUACUCUCGCAAACCUCGCACUCCCUCCUCUUCCAAACCUCAUGGGAGAGCUAAUAAUUAUUACAUCUCUAUUUAACUGGUCCAUGUGAACACUAAUUCUAACUGGCCUAGGAAUAACUAUUACCGCCGGCUACUCCCUCUAUAUAUUCCUCACCUCACAACGUGGCCCUCUACCCAGUCACCUCAUCUCCUGAGACCCCUCUCACUCUCGCGAACACCUUCUCCUCACAAUACACCUUGUACCUCUAUUACUACUCAUACUUAAACCAGAACUACUUUGAGGCUGAAACGCUUGCAGA